AUGUACCAAGCCGUGCGCUGCUUCCCGAUGGCAGCCUUUUCCGGUCCCUCGGCGACUCUCGUCGCCCAGCGCUCUGUGCGCUCGCUUUGGACCACUUGGCGGCCGGCUGUCCCUUCUUUUCGGCAGCACUCAAGGACCUCGCCAUCGUCUGCUCUUCCUUCCAGCGGCAGCGCUGCAGCGGUCGCUGCGUACAUCGGCUGCCGGCGGAAAGGCAGUGGCCGAGAGUCAUUCAGAUCAUUCAGAAUCUGGAGUGGACAUGUUGCUCGGGAUGCACAGACAGGGACAAGUCCCAUGUCGGUGGAGGCCAUGGUCGAGCUUGCCCAGCAGGGUGCCUUCGACGGGGAGGCGGUGCGGAACCUCCGAGCCUUAAGCAGCGAAGCUCGGGAGGAGCUCUUGAAGGAGCUUUGGGAACCCGCGAUGUCCCUUGGGGGUGGUGGGGGUGCCUGGGCUGUUCACGCUGCCUUUCUCGCCUCGGACCACAGGCGCCUUGCCCAGCUGGCGACCUCAGGUUCCCAGGCCGUGGGCGUGCGCGCUCUGACCGCGUUGUUGAAGACAGAUCCUGCAAGGCUCAUCAGCCUUCUUGGCCUUCCUCAGGGCGGUAAAAGUGAGGGCAGCCCACUCAGUGCGGCGCGCCGGCGCGUGGCCCUGCGUGCGCUGGGGAGGCUGAGUCACAAUGCCUUGCAGGGCCUUGUCAAUGAAGAACUUCUCAGCGAACUUGUUUUGACGGACAGACCUUCGGCUGCACGGCUCCUGAAAGGAGCCAGCCCGGAGCUUAUCGAACGCUGGUGGCCACGGCUGACGGUGCCGUCUAACACGGCCGCCGCCAUUGCAGCACGGCUGCCGAAGCUGACCCUGAGCUUGAUCGCGAACUCCCGGCAGAAGCAGUGGCGAGAGCAUGAGCUCCGCGAGGUGGUCGGGGUCUGUGCGGCUUCCACGCCGGCGGCUCUCGAGUUCCUGGAGCUGCUCGCAAAGCAGCCGGCGGCUUGCACGGAGGUUGCCAAGGAGCAGCCGAAUCUAUUCUUGUGGCUCUUGCAAGGCCUUUGCAAGAAGGAACCCAAGGCUGGCCUAGAGGCGCUGGCGAAGAUCCCCAGUCUUGGCCGUGCAGACCGGAAGCAGUGGGGGACGGUCUUGCGCCGGUGCGCUUGCCUGAGACCGGAAGAUCCGGCGGGAGAUUUGUGGCGACCGGCUCUUGAAGUGGCAAUCAAGCUGAUCGAAGAGGAUCACGCGCACUCCUAUGUGCGAAGACCAGGCUUCAUGAAGAGAUACUCCUCCGUGGAUCUGGCUCCCCUCUUCCGGGCGCUGAAGCCGGCAAGGUGUCUCUCGCAGGAGCAGCUGGGAGCCCUCUUCGCCCGCCUGGGCCUGCUCUCCCUCCUAGAUUCCAGGAGCUGCCUUUCAGUCUUGCGGCCGUGGAAUCAGGAUAGUGACGUGGAGGCGGCGCUGUCGGCACUGGUGGCGUCCACGCCUCAAACGCAACUACCGGCCUCCUUGGCGGCCGACAUCACGGGCCUCGCCCACUGGACCCCGCAAGCCAGGCUCCUACUGGCACAGAAGCUCACGCAGGAGAAGCCUCCGGAAGUCCCAGGUGGGGCUGUGAACUCCACUUAUCUGGAGGCCUUGUCCUGGCAGCCUUAUGCGGACGUGGAGGCGGAGAUCAAGAGGCGCUGCAGCAGCUCCAGCCCCGAAGCCCGGGAAGCCGGGCUACGGGAGUUGAUGAAAUGCGCGAGCAGAGAUCGGGAUGCGCCGGUGGCGGUAAGAGACGCCUUGAGUUUCUUCGAAGUCCGUCUCCGGAACGAGCAGGACAGUGUACGUGCAGCGGUGCUUGAGCAGAUGGCAAAAGCACCGGUGCUCCUCUGGCAAGACAUGCACGUCAAGUCCCUGAGACAGUUGCUCACCUCCUCCAUGCAGGCCAAAGGCAGUAGCUCGGAGUCUCUGGAGGUCUGGCGGCAGCUGGUCCAGGUUUUCGUGGCCAACGGCGCAGCCUUGCGAACUGAAUUCGGGCUCGGCCCAUGUGGAGCCUUUGGAAUGGAAGUGAGGGCGCAGAUGACUGCGGCCGAUCUUUGGGACAAGGACGAUGCAGACUUUGGAACCGGUGUCCUCAGUCAAGUAGCACGGCUGGAGCCGCAACAGGCCUUCGUGGCUUUUCCGUGGCUUGUGGAUUUCCUGCGCCCCAGCAUCCGGGCUUUGCUGGACUCGGGAAAGGUGGACAAGGCGUGCGCGCUGCUGGCUCGCUGGGAGGGCACGCGCCUAGAGCUCCUCCAACGCAUGCCCGACAUCCCCGACGCCUGUGCAGCUUUCGACGUCUUGCUGCGCGAGACCUUCGCGACUGCCAUCCAGGAGAGCCGCAGCUUCAACCCCUCGGUGGCCAAGGCUGCCCAGGAAGCUCUUCGGGCUUUGCUUCUGCCGAGCAGCUAUGCACCGAGGCUUCUGCCAAGCAGCUACACCCAGCUGAGCAACUCCAAGGGCCUGACGUGGGCACAGGAGAAGGCGGUGCGCCGCCUUUGCCAACUCUCCAGCUCCUGGUGGCAGAGCUUGCUCGGCCGCAUCAACUCAGAGCUCCCCUGGCACGCGACCCUGGCCUUGGAGUUUCUCGGAUCUGCGGAGCCUCGGCAUCUGCUGCGGCAACCGGCCCUCUUCGAUGAGCUGGUCCAGGCGCUCUGCACAAACUGGGACAUGCUGGCGGAGUGGCAGAGAGCUCAAUUCGCUGCAGAAGUAGUGCAGCGCCUGGACAGUGCAUGUCGAUCCAUGGAGAUGUGCUUACGCUUGGCACCUUUGCUGCAGCGACUCUGCGAUUGGCCAUUCUCGCUGGCACUUGGUGAGCCGGGCACGGAGAAGUUCAGCAAAAGCGUAGGUGAAGUCGGAUACAACAUUCGGCUGCGGUGCCAGGCAGAGGAGAUGCUGGCACGCCACAAGCCCCUCAAGGCGUCCUUCCUCGAAGGCUGGCGGCGACAGGAUGCCUCGCUGAAAGCGGAGCGUCUCUGCACCUCCGCCGUGCUCCUCCGGGCGGUGCAGCAGAAGCCGGAGGCGAUCCAGUUGCUGGUCGGCUUGGAAAGCAGCAAGCUGCAACAACUCCGGCUCCUGCAAGCAAGCGGCGCCCAACCUCUGCACUUUUUUGGGCAGGAGUGGACGAGCAACCGAGGUCCUCGGCCCUUUUUCUCCUGGCCCGCAGCGCUGCAGCGCUCCUUCGCCGACGCGUGGCUGGCCUUGGAACCAUUGGGGCUCCAGGAUUUCAUGGCUGGCUCGGAAGGUGGGUCCCAGGUCAGGGAGAAAUGCCGCCUGCGGCUGGCUCUGCCGGCCCUGCGCUGCGAGGGGGAGCUGGGCCGCGUGGUGGAGGCCUGCGUGGAGGUUUUGAAGUCCGAGGCGGCGGAGGACAGCACCGCCCUGGCAGUGGCUCGGGGCCGGGCGGGUCAGCUUUUGGACCGGCUGAUCCCGCUUUUGGCUCGCGCCGACCGAGCCAAAGAGCUGGCGCCGCUGCUCUCGGCGCAGCUUGGCCAAGGCAACUCCAAGCAGGUGGCUCGCAGCUUCCAGGUCCUUUUGCGGAGGCUCGGCAGCAGGGACGCCUCGGCCACGCUGGAAGCGGCUUUUCGGAGCCCCUUGAAAGUGGCGGAGCGCGUGGCGCUGCUCCGGGAUUCGAGCGAGCAUGGCCUCUUCAACCGCCCGGAUCCCGACUUCGUCGCCCUCAUGGAGUCCCUCUACGAGAGCCACCGUGACGUGGGUGGAGCCGUCCUGGUAGCGCUCUGCAGGAUGGGCCAGACGUCCCUUCUGACACGCGUGAGCCAAGAGGAAAGUUCGCUGUACCAGCUCCAAAUCCUUCUCCGCCAGCUUUCUUCUCCCGCUUCGGACCUUUGGAGGGAUGAGGUGGCGGGCAUCCUGGCGACACUCUGCCAGAGGCCUGACGUGGGAGACCAGUGUCUGCGGUGUCUCUCGGAUUGGGCGCUAUCCGAAGGCGCCCACGAUGCAAGCACCGUGGCGGCAGUUGCAAGCGCGGCCUGCGAAGCCUUGACCUCAAAAACCGAGAGCUUCUUGGUCAUAUUUGGGUCACAUUUUACUUUUUUAUGGGCACUUAAACCCAAUAAGGAAUAUGUAAAUGUACAUUCUUUUAUCCUAUUCCAACCCAUGAACUAG